CGCGGCGCUCCACCUCCUCCUCCUCCUCCUCCUCCCGCCGGCGGCGGCCGCUGUCAGGAUGAGGCGGAGGAGGCGGAGGCCCAGGCCGGCAGCUCCCGUCUCUCGUCGGGGCCCCCUGGCGUAGCGGUUCCCGCUCCGACGCCGCGGCUGGAGGCGGAGGAGGCCGCGGCGGCGCCGCCCGCCCGCCGGAGCCAUGGCCCAGCCGGGCCCGAGCCCCCCGACGGACGUUGCUCUUCUACAACGGGUGGCAGAAUUGGAAAAGGUCAAUGCAGAAUUUCAGCGCACAAAGCAGCAGCUCGAGCAAGAAUUUAAUCAAAAGAGAGCAAAAUUUAAGGAGCUGUACUUGGCUAAGGAAGAGGACCUGAAAAGACAAAAUGCAGUGCUUCAAGCAGCCCAAGAUGAUCUGGGACAAUUGCGGACACAGCUGAUGGAAGCUCAUGCUGAAAUGGAGAACAUCAAAGCUAUAGCCACUGUAUCUGAGAAUACAAAACAGGAAGCUAUCGAUGAGGUGAAGAGACAGUGGCAAGAAGAAGUGGCCUCACUGCAAGCCGUAAUGAAAGAGACCGUUCGUGACUAUGAGCUCCAGUAUCAUCACAGGUUGGAGCAGGAACGAGCUCAGUGGAAUCAGUAUCGAGAAAAUGUGGAACGGGAAAUAGCAGAGUUAAGAAGGCGUCUGUCUGAAGGCCAAGAGGAGGAAAAUCUAGAAAACGAAAUGAAAAAGGCUCAGGAAGAUGCUGAGAAGCUUCGUUCGGUUGUGAUGCCUAUGGAGAAAGAGAUUGCAGCACUAAAGGAGAAAUUGACAGAAGCUGAAGAAAAAAUAAAAGAGUUAGAAGCAUCAAAGGUUAAAGAACUGAACCAUUAUUUGGAAGCUGAGAAGUCAUGUAGGACAGACUUAGAGAUGUACGUGGCUGUUCUCAACACGCAAAAAUCAGUUCUGCAAGAAGAUGCAGAGAAGUUGCGGAAAGAACUGCAUGAAGUCUGCCAUCUCUUAGAGCAAGAGCGGCAACAGCACAACCAGUUGAAACACACGUGGCAGAAAGCCAAUGACCAGUUCUUGGAAUCUCAGCGUUUGUUGAUGAGAGACAUGCAGCGCAUGGAAAUUGUUCUGACCUCCGAGCAGCUUCGACAAGUUGAAGAACUGAAAAAAAAGGAUCAGGAAGAUGAUGAUCAGCAGAGACUUAGCAAGAGAAAGGAGCAGAAGCAAAAAGAUUCAGAUGAUGAAACGAAAGCUUCAUGUUCUCUAGCCCAUGAGGAAUCCCUUACGCAGCUCUCUAAUGAAGAGGUGCAUUUAAAUAGCACCCAUGGCUCAGUCCAUUCGUUGGACGCAGACUUGCUUCUGUCUUCUGGUGAAUCCUUCAAUAAAUCAGAAAAUGAUAUGUUUAAAGAUGGACUACGGAGAGCACAGUCAACAGACAGUCUGGGGACAUCUGGAUCUUUACAGUCCAAAGCUUUAGGAUACAACAACAAAGCAAAAUCUGCUGGAAAUCUGGAUGAGUCAGAUUUUGGACCACUUGUUGGAGCAGAUUCCGUGUCUGAGAACUUUGAUACAGCUUCCCUUGGGUCUCUGCAAAUGCCAAGUGGGUUUAUGUUAACCAAAGAUCAGGAAAAAGCAAUCAAAGCAAUGACGCCAGAGCAAGAAGAGACUGCUUCGCUUCUUUCCAGUGUUACACAAGGGGUAGAAAGCGCUUACGUGUCUCCGAGCGGGUACCGCUUGGUGAGCGAGACGGAGUGGAACCUUCUGCAGAAAGAGGUGCAGAAUGCAGGGAACAAGCUGGGUAGACGCUGCGAUAUGUGCUCCAAUUAUGAGAAGCAGUUGCAAGGCAUCCAGAUUCAGGAGGCUGAGACAAGAGACCAGGUGAAAAAGCUGCAGGUGAUGCUGAGGCAGGCCAAUGACCAGCUGGAAAAGACUAUGAAAGAUAAACAGGAAUUGGAGGAUUAUAUGAAACAAAGUGCUGAAGACUCUGGUAAUCAGAUUUCAUUGCUUAUGGUUAAGUGUCAGAAAUCAGAGGAUUUCCUCAGUGAACUGCAGCAGGCAUUUUCACAAGCAAAGAGAAGUGUCCAGGAGCAAAUGGCUGUCCUGACACAGUCAAGGGAGCAGGUUUCAGAAGAGUUGGUGAGACUGCAAAAAGAUAAUGAAAGUCUUCAAGGAAAACAUAGCUUGCAUGUGUCCUUACAACAAGCUGAGGAUUUCAUUCUGCCAGAAGCAGCAGAGGAGCUCCGGGAGAUGGUUUUAAAAUAUCGUGAAGACAUAAUUAGCGUGCGGACAACAGCAGAUCACCUUGAGGAGAAACUUAAGGCGGAAAUUUUAUUCUUAAAAGAACAGAUUCAAGCUGAACAAUAUUUGAAAGAAAAUAUAGAAGAAACUCUACAGCUGGAAAUAGAGAAUUGCAAGGAGGAAAUAGCUUCCAUUUCCAGUUUAAAAGCUGAGUUGGAAAGAAUAAAAGUGGAGAAGGAACAGUUGGAAAGUUCUUCACAGGAAAACCUGCAGCAGCUGGAGAGUCUGCAGGAAGCAAAAAACACUCUCGAAGAACAGUUGAAGAAGGAGACCGCAGCAAAGACAAACCUUGAACAGCUGGUGUUUGAAGAGAAGAAUAAAGCUCAGCGGUUGCAGACUGAAUUAGAUGUCAGUGAGCAAGUGCAGAGAGAUUUUGUAAAGCUUUCUCAGACGCUUCAGGUGCAGCUGGAGAGGAUCCGGCAGGCAGAUUCCCUGGAGAGAAUCCGUGCAAUCCUGAAUGACACAAAACUGACGGACAUUAAUCAGCUACCUGAAACAUGACACCCUGAUGAGCGGGCUCCAAGGCUGCGUUUGGGGUUUUUAACUCAUCUUUAUAGCAACAUUAAUUAUUAUUUAACUCUAACCGAAAGAGCAGAAGACAACAGAGGGGAGCAAUGACUAAGUUUUGUUUCUAGAGGGGAAAAGGUUUCAUACUGGGCAGGAAGAGAGCACAAGGGUGACUUGCUGUGUAGGAAGGAGAAUUUUCUAAUGGAAACACUAAUGAGUGCGGUGUUUCGUGUUCCACUGAGUGGGAUCAGUCCUUACAUACUGAAAAACUUCCCCUCUUUCAGCCAACUUUGUAACCUAAUAUAGAUUUUUUGGAACAUUUACCCCCCUAUUUUUCCCUUUUUUUCCUUUUCCCCCAUUUACUGUGAUCAAAGUAGCUGCUGGAAACCAUAUUGUCCCUCCAAAACAUCGAAGAGCAAAGUGGUUGACGUUUUUCUGUUUGACUAGUCAGUAACAGUAUUCAGCUAGCAGAGAGAAUGAGGUGUAGAGUAUGCUGUAUGAAUAUUUUAUAUUAAAAUAUGACGUUAUUAGCAGGACACUGGAUAUUGAUCUUAUUUCAUAACUCAGUGCUUUUUUUUUUUAAACCAUUGAUUUUGUGUUGAAGAAUCUGAAUGCUGCUGAAAUGUGGUGGACAUGAGUGAGCUGUGUGUCUCCUGAACAAAAGAAUGCCAAUCAAAAAAAAAACAACCCACAACCAACCAAAACCCUGAAAAAAAACGUACUGAGAACUUAGCUCCUUGAAAUAUUUCCUUUGAACUCUGAUACUCUGGAGAAAAAAAAAAGCACAAGACAUGCACUGUUUUGUAAUCUCACAAAUGUAAGUUAAAACAUGGAAUUACGACUAGUUCUUUCUCAUCUCUAAAGCUGAGCAGUACAUGGACUUGGGGUUUAUACAGGUCUGUUUUGCUCUAGUGGGUGGCAAUAGACAUGAAGUUGCUAGCUUUCACUGAAAAUGGUUGAGGUAAGAUGCUGAACGAAGCAAAGUCAGCUUGACCCACCUCUCCUGGGUCAGUUUAAUUGUAUGGAAAACAGUGACUGCACCUGGUCACAGAGCACAAGUGCACUGGAACUGCAUUAUUCUGCUGGUUCACGUUUGAAAGGUACAGUGCAUCUCUUAAAAGUAUGGUAUCAUGUUAAUGCUCAGAGUUGAAUCCUACAAUGUCCUGUAUUUCUAUAAGCAUACAUUUAAAUUACACGACAGCAGAGGCAAAAAAAAUGUGAUCAAUCAGGCUUUAGUUUUGGGUUUCUUAUUAUAUCAAUACCAUGGUGGUACCACGAGCAUUACUCCUUUUUCUGCUUUUAUUGGAGAUUCAUGCAUGCAGUUGGGUAGCAGUGGUUUCAUGUAUGGCUGUUGGAAAUGGACUUCUUGGACUGGUGGUCCCUCAUUAAGACUCAAUUAGAAGAAAAGAGGCUGAGAGAGCAGCUUGUUUUUGUCCAAAAUCUAUAACUUAAGCUUACCUCUUUUUACUGUGUUUUCCUUACAUACUUGGUCACAGAUCUGAUAGUGAUGAACAAAGCCAGAAGUGACAGAAAAUGCUCCAAGCUGUAAUGCACGACUAUAUUUUUAGCAGUGUAUAUCCUGCUACUAACAUAAGAUUGGAAGGAACUGGUGAUUUCAAAUAGGGUUGCCUUAAAAACAGCCAAAAAGCAGCAUACAAGCUCAAUUGCUUGUAAUUUAUUGCAAGAAUUAAAGCAUUUUAUUCAUCCUAGUAAUUAAUUCCUUUCAUAAUCCUGACACCCAACAUUUUUCCUACCUUGGUAACAACUAGACUAAUAGACGGCGGAGUUAUCAUCUUCCAGGUGACACCUCAUGUCACUUAGCAGACGUUGAAAAGUGGCUUGGGUUCUUUAUUAAUUGGCUAGUAUCAGAUUUUGGGUUUGUUAACCUCUCACAAUUUGCUUAACUGUGAGGUGACAGCAGCUGCCUUCUGAUGCAUAAAUCUAAUACCAGAUGUUUUGCGUUCAGUUUUCCAACGGUUAGCAUACUGUUCUGCCAAACAAACUCCUGGGAGUGUGGGGAGGGAACAGGCCUUUGUUAAAGAGCUGUGGACUGAAGAGCAUUUUCCUGUAUGCCCUUUCUUCCUGAAGACUGAACCUUAACUCGUUACUGAUACUUAACCUGUGCGGCAGUGUUUCAAGGAAGUUUUGUGGCUAAGCUACGGUGGCUAAUCUUCUCAGCAAGCUGAACACUUGAGGAAUUGCACCUGAAGACCUAUGCAGAAAAAGACUUUUUAGUGGAGUUUAUGGACUGUCGUCCUAAUGCAGGAGCCGUUAAUGGCAUUCAACACCCCUUCCUGGUCCAGCUGUCAGUGCCCCUUCUCAGCAGCCCUACCUUCCUCUCUGGUCUUGCCUUAAACAACCCUGGCCUUAGCCGACUGUUUUAAAUUGUUUUGACUAGAGCAGGGUUGGUGUGGCUUUUCCUUAGCGUAUUUUUACAGAUUGUUGCCCCGCCUUUUAUAUAGGCGUGGUAUUGUCACGUUGCAGGUGAUGGCUGCAGGGAGCCUUGCUGCAGGCUGUAGGGAACAGGUGAGGGGGCGAUCAGUCUGUGAUCGUUCAGAGGCAGUGACAAACACAUCAGUCGCAGAAUGGAGUUUUCCAUGUGUGUGUGGCCAUACACACAUCUGUGUAUUUUUGUCAGUGGACAGCGAUGGCAGGUAGGGCCAGUAUGAAGAGGCUGGAGGCACGUGCAGUAGGGCAGCAACGGGACUGAGAACUCACCUGAAAGGAGGGGUGCUGCCUGCUGAGUUCCUUGCUGGUAAACCAGGCACUGUGUGAGUCGGUGGGGUAACGCCCUUUGGUUUGGAGAGGAAGGGUCUACAGUUACUGUGUGGCGGUUUUCCUUUUUAACCACUUUACACCAUCAUGCACCCUUAGUCCUGUUUAAGUUCUAGCUAUGACCAUUUUCAUAGUUGGAAUGUGAAUGACUUUUUUUCCCACCAGCCACUGAGCAUCCCUUUUAAAAACCUAUUUUUACAUUAGAUGCCUGACUAGCCACAGGAGUGUAGGAGAUGUGCUCACUACAAGCAGCUGUCCUGCUAACCCUUAGGGGAAAUCACUCCUUGGGAAGGAAAACAACUUCAGAAGCAGGAACUCAAGCUCCUGCUGAACUCAAAUUUAAGAAAUUUAAAGCAGCCUUUAUAAACGUGUGCCAAAUUUGCAGAGCAAAUUUAAACUGGUCAAUUAAGUGUAGUUAAAAGCUUUUUCUGUAUUCACUCAAUGGAUUCUGGUGUCUCUCAAAACAUCAGCAACUAAAUGCUUUUCCCUCCAAUUCUUGGUGUCCUGGAGCUCAAUUUGAAUGGGGUGGUAGGUUUGCCUCACACAGUAAGAGUUUGUUUUUUUCUUCUUUUUUUUUUUUUUUUAACAGGCACUACUUCUAACCUGGCAGGUUGGCUCUGAUGCACAGGGUGAGUGGAUUAGAAAGCCGGAUUCUGUUUGUGCAGACUGUAAAAGGGAUGAGAUCAACUUUUGUAUGCAUUCCUAUACUUGUAUAGUCUUAACCUGUACAAAAAAAAAGCAACAAAAAACAAGUGUUCUUGCAGCAUGUCUGGUAACCUCGUUACCUACAGGUAAUAACAGCCCUCCUUUCCUUUCAGCUUUACUUUGGCACCCCUUGCUGUGCCACUUUUGUAGCAGUGCAGUACUACUUUUCAAAACUGAGCUUGACCACGUCACCUUUUCUAAGGGGAAUUGGGGGGGCAGGGACAACAAUUAUUUAUUGUCCGCUAAAGUUUGUCUACAGCAGAUAAUUGGUCUCUUAAUGUUAAGACAGACUUCAGAGCCAUCUUUUGACAAAGGCGAACAGUGUUUGGAAGUUAAUACUGCAUUCCAGUGAACCAAGCCAUUGGUGUCCUGUGCAAUUGUGGAUGUAGAAUUCUGCUGUCUACAGGAUUCAAGUGUAACCAUUUGUUAACUGUACUGAAGGUGUGUCCUUUAUGAAGAAAGUGUUCCAAAUUAAAAAAAAAAAAGCUGC